CCCGUCACUUCUUUUUCUCUUUUCCUACGACAAAAAUUCGGAACAUCUGUCGCUUUGUGUGUCGUUUUUUCCAAUCAAGAUGCCCCCAAUCCCUCUAGACCGUCUCAAGGACCUGGUUGCCGACGUUGGUCGAAAGUUGGACUCUAUGCACAUCGACUACGCUAUAAUGGGGGGUGCAGCUGUCUGCCUUAUUACUCAAGACACCACACGUGUCACCGAAGACUUAGACUUGGUUAUCCAAGUCGACGAGCUUUUCGAUCAUCUCAGCUGGCCAGAGCGACCACAAUACAAUCUCCCUUCCACCUCUCGAAACACCAUCAACGUAAACGGCCACCAGGUGAAGACUUUUAGCGCCAGUUGGAUCUUCCGCGAGAAGGUCCUUGCCCACCACCAACGUUUUCACACAAGCAAGAGACCAUACGACUUCGCGGAUAUUCUUAGGAUGAUUGAUCUGUUGGAGCCCGGGCAACCGGAACUCAAUUUUGAGGGCAAUCCACAGCUGGAAGAGGCACUCUUGACACUUCUCCGCGUGCGACCUCACUUGCGAGGGGAGUUGAAGGGACUGGUCAAAUGUACAGCAGUCUUUGGCAAUUAG